CCAUGGCCCCAGUCUUGUCCUUGUUUUCUGCCGACCUGGAUGUGAAGUGAGUGGGAAAUAUCAGCCUGUGGUGGUUCACCCAAUUUCGAUAAGGAUCACUGCCAAUCUAAUCUCAGCUGAAGACACUGCAGCAAAAUCCCUGAGGCACCAUUAAAAACAACACUAUCACGAUAAAUGAGCCCAAGUUCUGGAUCACAAUGAAGUGCUGCCGAAAUCUUUUCUCACUGUGUUUCACAUGAGAGGCUGAACAAUGGCUCUUCACAGCAGAGGGUCCUGAUGACAUCACAUCCUCUCCUAUAAGUUACACAAGCUGCCUCCAACGUGCAGUGAGCAACAUCACCCGCGCUCCGCUGCACCGCCCCGAGGACCAUGGCCGGGUCUCCUGCACUGCUCCUCCUGCUCAGCCUGUGGCUCUGCUGCACUGGUGCCCAGGGACAGAGGAACACGAUGGAGGCCAGGUUCCUCAACAGGAAUUUGAAGCACCCCCAGGAGGGACAGCAGCUGGAGCUGGAGUGCCUGCGUUAUGAGAGAAACAGACCCCUCUUCUGGAUCCGCCUGGACAAGAGUGGGAACCUUCACUCCAUCUCCAGUACCCAUUCCUAUUCUACCACCUUGCAGGAGAGUGAGAAAACAGCACCAAACUUUGAGGCGUUAUGGAGAGGAAGCUUCUAUCGGCUGGUGGUGAAGAGCUUCACAAGGCAGGAUGAGGGCACCUAUUUCUGCGUCAACUACAUCAACCCGGUGCUGCACUUCAGCUCUGGACAACCCGCCUUCUUCCCAGCAGCACCCACUGCCACCAACCAGAGCAGCAAGGUCAACACGAAAGACAACUCGCAACAGGGCCCGCAUGCAGGAGCAAGCAAUGAGAACAUGCCGAGUUUCUACUGUGAAGUAGUCAUGUGGGUGAACCUGGCUUGUGCCUGCUUCCUGCUCCUCACUGCCAUCACCAUCACCAUCACGCACUGCAGAGGGAAUCGCCAGUGAAAAUGUUCCCAUGCUAAGAGCAGGAAGGGUCAGCAGUGCUGCAAUCAGCACAGCCACGCGUCACACGCGCUCACCACAAGCCGAUCGCUUGCAGGACCAAGCUCAGCGUAAGCAAGCAGUGCUGCGUCGCUGCUCAGCAGAAGGCACACAGGCGUCCUCCUCCAGCACCGCACUGAUCCCACCAGCAGCACACACAGCUGCCCUGAUGCAGCGCCGCCGUUUGGCUGAUCCUGCUCAGGAUCACACCCUCAAUCACAC